AUGAAGAACAGCUCGGCCUGGAUCAUCGGAGCGCUGCUGCUCGUCUCGCUUGCUAGUGACGCUUCAGGCCAGUUUGUUCGUGAGUUUAACGCUCUUGCUCAAAACUUUAGUUCUGGGUUUACUGUCAGGACUUUGUUUGAUCUCGGCAAGCACUCGGUAAUGCCUUUGGCUUGUAUCCCCGAGGAACAAGGUAUGACACCAUGCAUCGAUCGCAAAGAGUGCCUCCGACUGAUUGACAGUUGCAAGACGCUGCGCACUGCCCAGGAGCUUCACCUCAAAAUCAAGCCGCUCCUCAAAGCUAGCGACGUUUUCCUGUCGAAUCGCCUCAUCCAUAUGUACGGCAAAUGCGGGAGCGUGGAUCAUGCUCGUCGGAUCUUUGACGCGAGCGUCGUGAGAGAUUCCUUCACCUGGAAUCUAAUGCUCACUGCCUACUGCAGCAAUGGGCAUAUCGACGAGGCUAAGAGCGUCUUUGAUGCGAUGCCAAAAUGGAACAUUGUUUCUUUUAAUUGCAUGCUGGCUGCAUAUGCCCAAAACGGGCAUAUCAAAGAGGUUGCUGGAUUCUUUUUCGUGUUCAUACAAGAACGUGAUAUUGUUUCAUGGAAUGCAAUAUUAUCAGCAUAUGCCCACAAUGGGUAUCUUGAUGAUGCCAAACAAAUAUUUGAUUCCAUGCCAAAAUGGAACCUUGUGUCGUGGACUGCCAUGGUUGCGGUAUAUUCACAACUGGGAUUCUUCGAGCAUGCAAGGCGGUUACUGGAAAGUAUGCCAGAACAGGACCUCAUCUCGUCGACGGCCGUGAUCUCCGCCUAUGCACAGAAUGGACACGUGGAAGAAGCCAAGCGGUUGUUUUACGAGGACAUUCCGCAGCAUAAUCUUGUAACAUGGAAUGCCAUGGUUGCGGCGUGUAGCUUGAAUGUCCAGGAGGCCAAGGAGGUGUUUGAUUCCGCCCCGGAAAGAGACACGGUGACGUGGAAUGCCAUGCUCUCGGCUUAUGCUCAUAGUGGGCAUCUGCAAGACACGGUUGACGUGUUUAGCUCCAUGCCACAGAGAAAUGUAGUCUCUUGGAAUGCCAUGCUGGAUUCUUACGUGGAAAAUGACGAAUGGAAAGAGGCUAAAUUUUUAUUUGAUAAAAUGCCAGAGUGGAACAUUGUAUCAUGGACGUCUAUGCUCUCAAUAUUUGCGGCAAAUGGGCAUACUAGUGAUGCAAAAGAUGUCUUUGAUACGAUGCCAGAGAGAAAUAUUAUCUCCUGGAACACCAUGCUAGGUGCAUAUUCCCAACAAGAGUCUGUAGAAGUUGCCAAAAGCUUCUUUGAUUCUAUGCCGGAGCAUGAUGCUGUAACUUGGAAUAUCAUUGUGGCCGCAUAUGCCCAAAGAGGGCAUCUGGAAUAUGCACAGAAGCUUGCCACGGACAUGCCUCAAAGAACUCUGGUAUCAUCUAACGCGCUCCUGUGUGGAUAUUCCCAGCUCGGGCAUAUGAAAGACGCGUGGAAAGUCUUCCACGCCCUGCUGGAGCGUGACGUUGUGACGUGGACAGCCAUGCUGGCGGCAUAUGCCCAGAAUGGGAAUCUCGGGCAGAGCCAGAGGAUUUUCGACGCGAUGCCCGCGAAGAAUGUGGUGACGUGGAGUGCGCUGAUUGCCGGCUACGCCCAAAACGGGCAGCCCAGGACGGCGCUGGAGCUCUUCCACGUGUCGGUGCUAUAUGAGAUGCCAGCUGGCACGCACUUCAUCUCGGUCAUGCUGUCGUGCAGCCACGCUGGCAAGCUUGGCGCGUGCCGGGCGUCCCUCGUGGCAAUGACGCUGGACUAUGACAUGAGGCCGGAAAGCCAGCACUUCUCGUGCAUGGUGGAUGUGUUGAGCCGGUCGGGGCAUCUGGAAGAUGCCCGGGACUUGAUCGCGAAUAUGCCUUAUCUUCCGGACGCGGCAUACUGGAGGAGCUUGCUAGGCGCUUGGGGGAGGAGCGGCGAUGGGAAUGGCGCGGCCGCCGCCAAGAGCGUGCUUGAUCUGGAAGGUGGCGAUGGAGCGGGAUACGUGCUGCUGGCCAAUGCCUGCAGUGCGUGA